AUGGGCGAGCAAGUUAAUGAAUUGCAGAGUGCGCCAGUGGCAGCCGAGGAAGAAGGAGACAGGACCGUUGCUGGAGCUCAAUCUAAUACAACUCCACGCGCACAGAAAACGCGACGAAGAACAAAGGAGCGCACAGCGGAUAGUAGGCUGGAGGAGGAGGCAGACUUACCAGCGACGCCAUCCCAAAAAGCAACAGAGGAACAAUACACAACACGACCUGGCUUAUUCUCCUCACCGAGUAAGCGACCCCCGCGCCUGAACGAUCCCAUGAAGAAAACGCGUUCAGCGAGGGAAACACUUAGUAUACAACAAGAUGGAUCAGAUGUGCCUGUGGAUGGGCCUAUGAAGAACGCCGAGAAUGAGCAUCAACAGCCACAAAAAGAUAAGAGACUACCACCUGAUCCCGAGAUCGAGGAAAAGAAGCGCGAAAAGGUACGUUUAGAGAAGGAGCUUAGGCUCUUAGAAAAACAGGUCUCGAAAUGUACGGAGGAGAUAGCGAAAUCACAAGUACGCCCUGCCACGCACGUGGGUUCACCGGAAGAAAGAGAAGCUCUAGUCAAGCUCAUCAAUGAGCUUGUCAAGACUGGAGAGGAAGACCAAGAAGAAAGCUCGCCACCAUUGUCUUCGAUGUUGUGUUCAUUUCUGCCUUUCGUAACACAACAGAUCGCCUCGCCUAAGGCACAACCUGGGGGUCCAGUUGCGUCCCAUCGACCCCUGGAGCUUGACGAUCCGCUUCCUUACCUACAGAUGUUCACAUCAUUCGACUUCAGCACGAAACUGAGCCUUACGCGUGGCCAAAGUCCCCUUUCUUCGAACCAGGUCCAUCAAAAGCACGUAAUCGACCUCACUGGUCCGCAAAGCCUCCUGACAGCGUCCGUCUCGGCCACUAUCGACACAAUAAGUAAUGCCAUAAUCGAUCUGAAGCUUCUACAACUACCCCACUGGGCAGACCGCGAGCUAGGCUCCUUCAUACGCGCACGAGCGCAGGAACAAGACUUAGGCAACGCUUGCUGGGCGAUUGGAUCAUACUGGGACAUUGCGAAAAAGCGCGCCGAAUACUGGCAUCGAUGCGAAGUCGCCUUUGGACAUCUGAUACCUGGACGAACCAGUGAGGAUAUCGAGAACCUCGAUGAACGAAAUGUCGGUAAAUCGCGUCACCCGCUCUCACGGAGAGACCUAAACCGGCAUCUUGGACGCGAAACACUAGUGCUGGAAGACAGAUAUGUUUUGUUGAAGAUCACCUGGAAAAUCGGUUUUGAUUGGACGGGCGAGGUGGAAUCUGAGGUUGGUGUCGUGCCUGCCGUGCCACGAGUUUGGAGGGAAGCAGACAGCAAUGACAGCUUCAAAAAGAUACCUGCGACUUUUACGUCUCUUCUGCAGAGCAAAGGCGCUUUUUUAGCGACGAAGACGAUGGUUGCUCUGCUGUUCUCCGAAAGAUGA